AUGACGAACAGCAUGAUUGCCUUCCGGGUUGAUGACUAUUGGAUCGUCAUACCUGACCUGGACGAGCUGAUGGGUGGGAUUCUCGUGCGCUCUACAGAUACACUCUUGUCGAUCAUCGGAGGAUGGGACAUCAAGAUCAUGGAAGAGACUACUGGUCACUCUGGUCGAACGGGAGCGAGUGACAAGUCAUCUAGGGAGAAGAAAGAAAAGAAGCACUCAAAGAAAGACUCAAAGGGGAAGAAGAAGAAAGAUGACUCUUCCUCAGAUUCAGACGAGAGCAGCUCAUCUUCUGAGACAACAGACAGCGAGAGUUCGGAAGACAAGCUCGUCGACAUGGAUACGAAUGCCCUCACAGCCCUGUAUGGAAGGUUGACUGGAGGAAUAGGGAAAUGGGAAACCCUCCUCAAGCAGUGCAACAAGGUCGCAGACUCCAGUUCCAAGAGCUCAUCCUCCAAGAAGAAGACCUUGAUGGCGAUGAUUGGGGAUGAAGCUCCGGACUCAGAUGGGCGAAAGGCCUGCAUUGCAGCGUAUGAGAAGGUCACUAUGCAAGUCCAAGAAGCUUUCAAAUCCCAGGUGGCGGAGAAGAUGAACUACCUGGGAGAAAGAGCUCAAGAGGUUGCAAAUCAUCUGGAGCGGAGGGAUGCUGGUCUGACAAGCCAAAAGCAUCUCAGAGCAUCAGUUGCCCGAGUUGAGGCCCUAAGUGAGUUCUCAUCGACUGCCAUGCUCAAAGGGUUGACAAAAUUGUCAUGGUCCGAGUCAAGUACUCUGACAAAGAGUCUGUCAACUGCCGCAGGGAAUGACAUCAUGAAUGCUGGGUACUUGCAAAGGAUCGAACGAGAAGUCCCAAUGACCUCCGCCCUUAUGCAGCACCAAGGCCUUGCUGUGUUGAGAGAUGAGAAAGAGGAGGAUGAGCCAAAAGAAGAAAGUGAGGAUGAGGAUAAAGAGGACAGUGACGAGAAAUCCAAGAAGAAGAAAAACAAGAAGCAGAAGAAGGAGAAAAAAGGAGCCCGGGGAUCAAAGAAGGAGAAGGAGGAGUACCCCGGAGUCAAGAUUGAUGCAGAUGGUGUACCAAUCAUUGAGACCAUCCAGGAUCUCGAAGCAUACUCUUUAUCCUUCCCAGAGGACAGCACCCUGGCGCUCGACUGGCAGGAGAUCAUGAAGUCACGCAUAGUCACCAGCCAACUCCAUCAUCUUCUUGGAGAUGAGACGUACCACAAGUGGGAGAAAAUGGUUUCGGUGUCGGCCGCAGCUGCCCUGGGCUUGGGGCCUUCUUCGGAAAAGCUCACCUUCGCGGCACCAAAAUUACUAGCGGUAGCAUCACAGGUCUGGGGGAUCAUUCCGGACGAUCUCAGCAUGGACAAGUUCCAGCAGCUCUAUGUGCAGUGGAGGGAUGGGGUGUUGGGAGAUGCUCAGAUUGCAGCGGAGCAUGGCAGCCAUGUACUCGACCUGCUACAGACCCAGUUUGCUGUCCUCAAUGCCGGGGAGGAGGAUACACAUCAGCUACUUCGAGGAGGGUUGGAAGAUGUUGGGUUGCCUGCUGCUACGGAGAUGGAUGGGGGCCUGCAAGUGCCUUGUUUCUCCUGGCCAUCCUUGGCCUUGGAGUCGGCCGACUAUCUGGCAGACGUCAAAAAGGUUACAAGCAAGGACGGGCCGGAGGUGGAACGAGCUCUUCAAGAUGCCUUCGAGAAGGAGGAGGCGGACGGGCAAGUGGCCGAGGCUCGCAAGAGGUAUCCUGGCUCGUCUUUGCGGAUCGCUGCCCUGGCUGUCAUGACAAAACCGGAUCAGGACUUCAGAGUUCUGCACGACGGCACGCAUGGCGUGCAAGUGAACAACGACAUCCUGAUGAAGGAUCGGUUGCAGUCCCCAGGCGCUCGCGAGGCAUCGGCUAUUGAGCUAUGGAGAAUUGAGCUCGGAGUCGUUUCAGAGGCACAGGACUGGCAGAUUGCCGUCACCCACUUUCCGCCGCUGUGGGGUAUGCAGUUCUGGCAAGGGAUCACGAAGAAGUACGGUAUAGACCUGAUGAUUACCGGCCACACGCAUCAUCAGCGGCUGUGGGCGCCGUGGGGGAACAACCCGCUCGGCGGCACCGCUGUCAUCAUCUCAGGCGGAGGCGGUGGCAUCACGUCGGAGGAGGUACCCGACUUGAACGGCUGGGACGAUGAGUAUGGUUUCUUCAAGCUGGAGCUGCACCGCACGGAGAUUAUCAUCCGUGGGGUGUCCCAUGGUGCUCAGUUACGGAAGGAGCUUAGGCUCUAUCAGCUGCAGCCUUCCUACCACAUUCCGCCGAGGGACAGCAGCCCUGCGCUUGCAGCAGCCGCUCCGGGAACUCAGGAUCCCGACCAUGACUACAAAGAGGAGCCGAACCAUGCACGCAUCAAGGAGGCGACGAAGCAGAGCAAGAUCGAAGAUCUGCUUGACCAGCUGGAGAACGCGAGACAGUCAGAGAUGAAGAAGGAUGACUUCAUGAAGAUCCGGAAACUCAGCACCGUCGACCCUUCGAGGAUCUACGGCAUGGACAUGGAGAACGUCAGUGAGCAGCUGGUGUGA